AGAAACGUCCAAAACACAGGGGUGUCUGCCUCGACUGUCAUCCCAUCGGCGGUUCUGGCAGCCUUGAAGGUUAGCGGAAGAGCGCACCGACAAACGGAGGAUAAACAACACACUCUACUCUGUUAAUGACAGGGGGGAAAUCACAGCGUUUUAGUCCGACACAACUGAGGUGGUCGGGUUGAAGUAAGAGUCGUAGUGCUACGGCGGGAAACGAAAACUCGGGUCUGCCGGUUGUGUUAUACUCGACUCGCCCGCUAGAGGCGCUCGACCGCGAGGAUGGACUUCUUGGCUGGAUGCUUUGGAGGUGCUGCUGGCGUUUUAGUCGGACACCCGUUCGACACAGUGAAGGUGAGACUGCAGGUCCAGCCUGUUGAUAAGCCGCUGUACCGGGGGACCUACCACUGCUUCCAGAGCAUCAUCAGACAGGAGUCGGUUCUGGGUUUGUAUAAGGGCAUCGGAUCUCCUAUGAUGGGGCUCACCGUCAUCAACGCCAUAGUGUUUGGCGUGCACGGGAACACCAUGCGCUUCCUCGAAGAGGACACGCCCACAAACCAGUUCUUUGCCGGGGCAGCAGCGGGGGCCAUCCAGUGCGUGGUGUGCUGCCCUGUGGAACUAGCCAAAACCCGCAUGCAGAUGCAGGGCAUAGGGGAGAAGAAGGCCUCCAGGAAGACCUACAGGAGCUCGCUGGACUGUCUGGUGCACAUCUACAGACAGGAGGGUGUGCGGGGGGUCAACAGGGGCAUGGUCACCACACUGAUCCGGGAGACCCCCGGCUUCGGGGCGUAUUUCUGGUCGUACGACGUGCUGACUCGCAGCUUGGGCUGUGAGCCCGAUAGCCGCUUCAUCAUCCCCAAACUGCUUUUCGCCGGCGGUAUGGCCGGCAUCGCCUCCUGGAUCGUCACCUACCCCGCAGACGUCAUCAAAUCACGGCUGCAGAUGGACGGGGCAGGCGGGGUCCAGCGCUACAGCAGCAUCAUGGACUGCGUACGACAAAGCAUCGGGAAAGAGGGCUACAUGGUGUUUACGCGGGGGCUCACCUCCACCCUGCUGAGGGCUUUUCCAGUCAACGCCACCACCUUCGCCACCGUCACACUCUUCCUCAUGUACGUGCGGGGGGCAGAGGAGGCGCCUCAGAACCAGCAGUCCGGACUGUGAAGGCACAGGAAGAACCCAGAACCAGCACUCCAAAAUGUAACGGCAGCUGAAACCUUUUGCACUUUAGACCUGCAUGACCCGUCUGUGUUCUGCUGACCAGUCCAGCUGGGAAGCAGCAAACGUCUCAUUCCUUACUUUGUCUUUAAGUAACAAUUAAAGUUAUAAGUUUCCAAGUAUUAAAUGUUUUUGAAGGCGUGGAACCUUAAGGCUAUAGUUAACCCUUUAUUGUGUAUCGACGCUGGAAAGUAUUCUCUUCCAUACCCUUUCGACUGUAUACCCUAAAGAAGAAAAGUGUGCAAUAUGUCUCCAUAAAAUGACCAAUCUAAGUAACAUACCUGUUCUUUAUAAUUCCAUUUUGGUGUGAAGAAGAUGAAGUGAUGUGUUAGCAGAGGAAAAAUGCCAAAUCUCCAAUCAAAACAUGUAGCUCUUCAUCACUGAGGAGUGAGCGAGCUCCGCCCACACAGAACUUCAGCUUCUCCACCUUUGCUGUAUUGCAUUUUAGGAAUAAGAAGAUUGUUGUGGUUCUGAUUUUCCAACCAGACUAACGGUUAUUUUACUGUUUUUUGUGUUUGGGGAUAUCUGGUUAAAAGUUGUAAAGUAUAACAUUUAAGGUUAUUUAAGUGUUUUUAGACUUCAAUAAGGUCAAAGAUUGAAGAUAUUUAUGAAAUGGAACGGUCCAUUGUUGUGUAUUGAUGCACUGUUUCUAAAUGAUUUUCCACUUAACUUUAAUUUAAAAAUCUUCUUUAGUUCAUACCUAAAGGAACUGAUGUUAUUUACAAGUGUCAUUGUCUGAAGUCCAACCAGCUACUUUGAAUGUAAGCGGUUCUGAAAGCCCAAAGACCUGUUUAGUUCUGCUGGAUCUCUGUCUCAACACUGGCUGGUAUCCCCAGUUAAGAAGCAGAGUUCAUUAUGAAAGAUGCAAUUUGUACAGGAGUGAACAGAACAUAUAAUUUCUAUAUUUAAAGACCAUAUUUUUCAUUGAACUGUAAUUGUUAAAAAGCUAUUCCAUUAAAGUCUAUAUAUCUGAAAAUCUUUCUCUAUUAAUCUGUUGAAAAUAAACAAAAAAUUGAAUUCUUGA